GUGACCGUGGUCGCCGUCGCACUUGGAGUGGUCGUGGCUCGAGCCGUGGUCGUGACCGCUCUCCUUGUGGCCGUGGGACUCGUGGCCGUGGUCGCCGGAGCACUCGCUGUGGUCGUGCUCUUUAUGGUCGUGGCCCUUGUGAUCGUGCGACGCAUGGUCGUGCUCCUUGUGGCCGUGCGACUCGUGAGAGUGCUCCUUGUGGCCGUGCUCCGCGUGAUCGUGCUCCUUGUGGCUCGCUUUGUCGUGCGUGUGCUCGCUCGAGUGAUCCGCCGUGCAGGCGUGGCCGUCGUGGAAGUGCGCUUCCGGCUCCUUCUCGGCCUCCAGCUUCGCCUUGGCCGCCUGCGCGUCCUCGAGCGACGACAUGGGCUGCUGCUCGGGCACGGCCUGGCCGUACUGUUUCAACAUAUCCGCGGCGUUGCCGGAGAACAUGAGGGGGUUACCUUUCCCGUCGGACAUGGUUAUGCGAGCCGUCCGGCGCGGACGCGUGCUUGGGCUGUGCUAGUCCGCGUGGGUUGCGACACUGCAGCGAGGUUUGCGACUUGUCGGAGCAGCGCGGGGGGCAGCGACAAAGAUAAAUGUAGCUACUGGACGUCGGGAUGCCUUGUGCAGUAUUCAGCCAGUAAACAUGGCCGGCGCAGCUAG